CAGCGCGCGAUGGAGAUGGGCAUCGCGCCGGGGAAGAACAUUUUUAUGCAAGGGUUCAUGAUGUGGAUGAGCGGGUCGUCGAUCAACAUCUUCUCCAUCAUGAUCACGGGCAUGGCGUUCAUCAACCCCGUGAAGUCGAUCCUCGCCAUCGACGACACGUUCAAGCGCUUCGCGCACGACCCCGCCGUGGACCUGACGCUGCCGAAGCUCGCCUUCGUCGGCUGCAACUGCGGCAUGAUCGCCCUCGCCCUCUGGAAGCUCAACACCAUGGGCCUGCUGCCCAUCACGGCCGCGGACUGGACGUCGUUCCUCGUCGACAAGACGCACGUCGAGUCGUCCUCCGUGCCCAUCGCCCUCUAA